AUGUUGGCAGAAGGCAUCUUAACUAGACUCAUAUAUAAAGAAAGCUGUCAUCAAGAUAAGCCUCACAAAUCUCAUGCAUCCAGAAAGGAUAAAGAGGGAAUCUGGAGACAGAAACUUGUAGACAACCCAAAAAUCAGAGGCUUUGCUGAUGGACAUGAGAAGCAGGAUGAGAUCUCUGCUGGAAAUAGCAAAAAGGAACACAGGAGCAGUCCUCAGCAGAGAUCUGUAGAAAAGGAACCUGCAAAAGAACAGAAAGUGCUUGUUAAAGGAACUGUGUCACCGGCUUUACAUAUCCCCAGAAGAGAACAGGAUACUGAUCAGGUGUACUUGUACAGGUCCUGGUUGUGCAACAGCAUUUACCAAAACUACCCUGACCUGCAUAUUGGGGGAGACCACGUGAGGGACCAUGCGUGUGAUUCAGGUUGUGUUUUGGACCAUGUGUGGGAUGAACUUCCCGAUGGCCCUGUUUUACUGUCUGCAGAUAUCCCUCUAGGUCAGUCCCCUCUGUGUGAGCAUCCCGAAAAACCAAGUGUGAAGUCUCUGUCUGGAGAUGAAGCUGGGGAAAGGAGCAUUGUGCUCUAUAAGGAGCCCCUUUCAAACUCCGUGCUCAACAGGUACAUGGAAACAAAAGUGGCAGAGCUCUACAAAGAAGUUUUUGAAGAGAACCUGACCAGAUGUGGCUCUGUAACAAACCUCCUCACCUGCAGCUGGAUAAGGAAUAACCUGACUCAGAUAAGCUGUCAGCUGUCACAGGAGCAGAAUAUCGAAACAUCAAAAGCCAGAGAAGUGCUCUUGCACUCUUUAGCUUUGUUUAGUUUGUGCAACACUGCCCAUAGAAAUAGCUCUGAAUUCAGUACUCCAAACUUACAAAUCUCAAACCCAGCUUGCACGAGAAAGAGCUGCAGGAUGCAGUUUACAUCGUGA